AUGUGGGUAAAGCUGUACGUAAUUUUCAUUUUUGUCGUACAUUUCGUAUUAAUAACAUCGAGAGAUGUAAAUGAAAGUGAGAGAGCAUCUCGUGCCGCGUUUAUACAGAAGCUAUUAAAUAAACAAAAACAUUUAGAAGGAAGAAUUAAGCUCCUCGGAGGGUCCAAUAAAUUUGAAGGUAACGUCUACAUUUACCACGGCGGCCGUUGGGGUACCGUGUGUGAUGACUCGUGGGAUGAUGCAGCAGCACACGUGGUAUGUCGUCUCUUCAAUAGAACUGGUAUCGCUACUCAUGGUUCACAGUUCGGCGAGGCCUUAGAAAGAUAUUGGAUGGACGAUGUUGUAUGCGAAGGUACUGAACAUUCUUUACCACAAUGUAUUUUUACCGGAUGGGGUGCAUCUGAUUGUGACGUUACCGAAGUUGCUGGGGUGAUUUGCACAGAAAACACUGAUAGCACUUUAAAUAAUAAGGAUAGAUCCACUUUACAUCUUCAUGAAGCGAUUGAUCUACGAACGGCAAGUCUAAGGCUAGUUGGAGGAAGGAACAGUCGUGAAGGGAGAAUUGAAAUCUACUACAAUGGAGUAUGGGGCAGUAUUUGUCCAGAUGGAUGGACUUUAUACGAAGCAUCAGCAGUUUGCCGUCAUUUAGCCCUGGGACACGCUGAACAGGCGCUACAAACAGACUAUUUUGGGAGUUCCAGAAUUAUCCUCAGUGGAGUUCAAUGUGAAGGGAACGAAACUAAUAUCUUCAUGUGCAAAUACCAGGAUUUCGGUGAUGUCACUUGUCCCGGAAAAAAUGGUCAUGUAGCUGCAGUGGUUUGUACGUAUUAUUUAGCUGAUCUCGUUCUUGAUACGACGGCUAUAGAGAUGACAGCGCAUUUACAGGAUGUUCCAAUGUUUCAAUUGCAAUGUGCGAUGGAAGAAAACUGCCUCAGCAAAUCAGCUUAUGAGAUACAAAAAACAAAUGCGAACUGGCAGUUUGAAACUCGACGCUUGCUUAGGUUCACUGCUUCCUCACUCAAUAUAGGGAAUGCGGAAUUUCGACCAUACCUGCCCAAGCAUUUGUGGCAAUGGCACCUCUGUCAUAUGCAUUAUCAUAGCAUGGAAGUGUUUGCUACUUUCGACGUCUUGGACACAGCAGGACGUCGAAUUGCUGAAGGCCAUAAAGCAUCAUUCUGUUUAGAGGACAACACUUGCUUAUCUGGUGUAGAUAAAAAGUAUUCUUGCAAGAAUUAUGGAGACCAAGGUGUUUCAGUUAAUUGUUCAGAUAUAUACCAAUACAAUAUCGACUGCCAGUGGGUCGACGUGACGGACGUAGCGCCUGGCGACUACACGUUUAAAGUGGCUGUCAACCCUCACGCCAGAGUGGCAGAACAAAACUACCACAAUAACGCCGCCUCGUGCGUACUUCGUCUUACUGAAACCUACGCUUAUGUAUACAAAUGUACUUUACAAAGACCA